CUGCGUACCCGAAAACCGUGUGACGGAUGCCUUGCAUAUAAAAUAAGGUUUUUUUGGAAUUUUAAAUUUAUCCGUGUUAUAUAUUCUAUGGGAUAUAGGAAAAUCUGCAGGUGCACGUCAAGGGGAAGAACCGGGUGGACCCACGUGAAUCUCUCACUUAUCUAAAGCCAGGAAAUAGAAAGGAGAGCAACGCGUUGCCAGAAAGUGCCGCAAAUUGGACUUUCCACCAUCAGCAACCCUCUCUCUCCUCUCCUCUCUUCUUUCUCUCGCCAUCCCUGCUCCUCUCUGUAGGUCUCCUCACUUACUCCCAUCCAACCCCAUUCUCCCAUCCUUCAGUGAUCCCAGAAUAGCCUCUCACCGGAGCGCUCUCUAAAUAAUAGUGGGGAGUUUGGGAUUUCGGGGUGACGCCGGAGAUGGAUUAAAGGGACUGUGCACCGCAAAACUGGAGCAGCACGCACGACCACGCCGGGGAGGAAGGGGGCGUCGGGACUCGGUCAAUUCACGGAGCCCGCGGGAUAGAGGCUGUGACUGGUCCCACCCCAAGAUGACGUCCCCUAAAAACAAAGCCAAGAAGAAACCACCUAAAGACAGCAUGACACUGCUGCCAUGCUUUUAUUUUGUAGAGCUUCCCAUCGUCCUGUCCUCUUUGGUGUCCCUGUACUUCCUGGAGUUGACAGAUGUGUUGUCCCCGGCAAUGGUGGGCUACCGCUGCCAUGACCGCGACCUCUCCAUGCCCUACGUGGAGACGGGCGAUGAGCUCAUACCUCUGUUGAUGCUGCUGAGUUUGGCCUUCGCUGGUCCUGCAGCAUCUAUUAUGAUGGGGGAGGGCCUGAUGUACUGUAUGCAAUCCAAACUGAAGACAUGUCCCAAGUCAGAGAGCAGCAUCAAUGCUGGAGGCUGCAGCUUCAACUCCUUCCUACGCAGAACCGUGCGCUUCGUCGGUGUUCAUGUGUUCGGUCUCCUGGCAACAGCCCUGGUGACAGAUGUCAUCCAGUUAGCUACUGGUUACCACGCCCCUUUCUUCCUCACCGUCUGCCAGCCCAAUUACACAGCCCCGGGAGUGUCAUGUGACAACAAUGCCUACAUCACAAGGGACAUCUGCAUGGGGAAAGACCAGUAUGCCAUCAUGUCAGCUAGGAAAACAUUUCCAUCCCAGCAUGCAACGCUCUCUGGCUUCGCUGCGGUCUAUAUCUCCAUGUAUUUCAAUGCCAGCAUCAGCAGCACAACAAAGCUGCUGAAGCCGUUGCUGGUAUUUGCUUUUUGCAUGGCGGCAGGCCUCGCUGGGCUGACACAGAUAACUCAGCACCGCAGUCACCCAAUAGACGUCUACGUGGGAUACCUCAUAGGAGCCAGCAUUGGAGUCUACCUGGCUGUGUACGCAGUGGGAAACUUCAAAGCAUCAGAAGAAGAUGCUCACUCUUUACAAAGACUGACCCCGACUCAGCAGAAGGACGGCCUGAGGGUGCUGAGUCAGCGGAGUCAUGACUCUCUUUACAGGAAAACUCCCAGGGUGUCUGAGAGCAGAGAGGAGCUUGGGGUGGGGCUGGGGUCCGGGGCCCGCAGUAAGGUGAGGAGGGAAAAGGCCUCUCUGGCCUCCCUCAAACGUGCGAGUGCUGAUGUGGAGCUACUAGCAACCCGGGGUCCCAUGGGCAAGGAAACUAUGGUAACCUUCAGCAACACCUUGCCCCGAGUCGCAAACGGCAACAGCCCCAUCUCCCCCUCAGAUGAGCCAGCUACCACGCAGCGUCACAUGACCUUCCAUGUGCCCUUUGACCCCCAGAGGUCUCGGCAGCUGGUGUCAGAGUGGAAGCAGCGCUCACUGGAGAUCCGCAGCCAGAGCUCACGAGACGAGGAGGAGGAGGUAAUGGACGGUAGAGAUGGAGGAGAUGAAGGAGGAGCAGCAGCAGGAGAGGGAGGAGACCAGGAGAUGCCGUCCUCUCUUUAUCCCACAGUGCAAGCCAACAAGGGCAUUGCCACACCGACUGGGGCCAGGAUGGUGGUGGCACCGCCACUCGUUCACAUCCCUGAGGAGGCCUCUCGGCCGCCACCUGUCUCCCCCAAGAGUGCCAAGACCCGCGCCAAGUGGCUGUCUCUCACUGAGGGAGGAGGGGUGAAAGAGCCGGGAACAGGUCCCAUUGCAGUGUCAACUCCGCGUGUGCCCAACACGCAGCCCAACCAGCUGCCCAGCCAGCAAAGAGUCACUCAGGUGAUCGCCAUGUCUAAGCAGCAGGGACAUGGACCCAUCACUUCAUCUACUAAAACAUCAGAAGGGGGCUCCUCAUCCGGCGGUGGGUCCAACUGUUCUGAGUCACCCUAUUACCGGAUCCCAUCUGAUCGAGACAGCUGCACUGGGAGCAACCCAGGCAGCAUCGCCGGAAGUGGGAGCAUAGUCACAAUCGACGCUCAUGCCCCUCAUCACCCGGUGGUGCGUGUGUCGGCCAAUAACGGGAAGCCGUGGGAGUGGAGAAACACCAUCAGCGGUAACAUGAUGGCUACUGACACAGCCGGGGACAAACAUCGCGUAGCCCUGCAGCGGCAGGACAAUGUUAGUCACUACCGGGAUUACCGGACACUCCCAGGGAAAACGGACUCGCUUUGCUCCUCCUCGGCCAGCGGCAGCGCCGAAGGAGGAGCGGAGCUACCUCCCCCACCUCUCCCCACUUCCUCCUCCCCUCUGCCUCCCCCUCCUCAACUGUUGUCAUCCCCUCUACCACCACCACCUCCUCACUCGUCUUCUUCUCCUUUGCCUCCCCCUCCUCACCUGUCCUCUCAGAUGUCCCCACCACCUCUCCCAUCAUCCUCUCAAAUGCCCCCCCCUCCUCACCCAUCUUCUUCCCAAAUGCCCCCCCCUCCUCACCCAUCUUCUUCCCAAAUGCCCCCCCCUCCUCACCCAUCUUCUUCCCAAAUGCCCCCCCCUCCUCCAUCUUCUUCCCAAAUGCCCCCACCACCUCACCCAUCCUCCUGUCAAAUGCCUCCACCUCCUCACCCAUCCUCCUGUCAAAUGCCUCCCCCUCCUCACCCAUCCUCCUGUCAAAUGCCCCCACCUCCACAUCCAUCUUCUUCCCCUUUGCCACCUCCACCACAUCCCUCAUCCUCCAUGCAUCCACCUCCCCACCCGUCCUGCUCCAGCAUGCUUCCCCCUCCUCCCCAUCCCGACUUACUGAUGGACAGCCACAGCCAGGCCCUGUCCCGGUCCUCCACCCUGCCUCGUCGCCCCUCUGUCUCCGCCCGCAGCCAUGCUGAGCAGGAGCACUACUACAAGGCCAUGCAGAAUGAAAGGAUGUUAUAGUGAAGGAGAAAGACAAUAGACAUCAUUGUCAUAUCAAUGAUUAUACUUAAAAAAAACUCAGUUAAAAGAGACAGUGAAACAAAGUAGGUUGUGGCAGGUGAAUCGCAAUUUAUGACUUUUGAAAAAAAUGACAAAGAGGAUUAGAGACUCAGUCAAAAUGCUGGAAAUGAAGAGACAGCAGGGGUGCAGGACCGUGGGGCGGUCUGGCUGCUCACACACACUCAGCAGGGGAUCUGGUUUUUCUCGGCUCACAUGUACUGCCCACAGCGCCGGCUCAACAGCCCUGAGUGGAAGAAUAACAGUCAAGGGAAGAAAGGGAAGAGGAAAGAGAGCAGGGUGAAGAUUAAAAACCCUAGUUUCAGCAUGCACAUCCUGUGUGUUUCUUUAAGACACAUUCAAAGAAGGAAUGGAAGAGGCUGCAGCUGAAAGAGAGAUAUCACAAUGAACACUGGGAUUUGCUAAAUCAAGUUUCCCUGGAGAGAUGGGAUAAGACUGAGAAAACAAAACAACUACAGGCAAUACUAGCUCUCCUUAAACUAGCGCAGCUGUUUGAGGUUGCCAACCAUUACACACAGAGAAUUUGCCAUUGUAACCAGCUGAGAAACUUAAACGCACCCAAAAGCUAUGAAUAAAAAAAAGGUUUAACCAGAGGUUCAAGAGUAUUAGCCACAACCCACAGAGCAUGAGAGUCUUUUUACCCCUCUGAAUAAACAAACCAAAUGGGGAAUUUUAUUUUUGACGCCAAGCAAAUCUGUCAGUAUUCACCAGAGAGAGCCAGCUUAGGAAGUGUUGCUUCUGGAUGGUGUGUGAGAAGGAGGAGGAGGGGAGGGUAUAAGGAGGAUCACGCAUAGUCGGGUACCCCUAUACAGACGUCACUGAAUGGAUUACUGUUGUAAACAUGAGAAGCGAUGGAAAGGAAAGAGAAUUGUUUCUCAAAUGAAGAGGGUGGCUGGGCCGCACAGCACAGCGAGCCAGGCAGCCAGUCUGUCUUAGCUGUGUGCAAAACUUGAUGCAGAGCCUGAAGCAGCACUAAGGAGAUUAACGUUUGUUUAUCAAACCAUGCUAGCACUCUCUUCCCUCCGUAGUCCUUUACAUUUGGCCCUUCUGGCAAAUCACAAUGGUGACAGGAAUGUUAAUGCAAAGCUGCCCAGCCAGCCGUGCAGCCCGCCAUCCCCACCAACAUGGACAUUGGCUGAAGCAGGUGUUGCUUGGAUGCGGCUAACCGGCUUGUGUUGCUGGCAAUCUCUCUUUAUACCUGUUACCAUUUGAAAGGUGUUGGUACCACUUUCUAACUAUGCACUUCAUACAUUUAUCAUAAGUUGUUUCUUGAUUAAUGAUAAUUUAUUUAUGCUUUACAGAUCAGAAAUAAGACAUUCUUUAGAGAAACGUUUGGGUUGUCAGGUUGUAAAACAUCUUUAAUUAGUGUAUGCCUUUUUAUCAAGCUGUUUUAUUUUUCAGUUAGCCUCCUGGAGGAAGACUACUAUUUACAAUAUUAAUUCCAGUCUUACAAUUCUGUAUUCAUCCAUCCUUCUUUACCCCUUUAUACUUUAUCUUUUUUCAGUCUAUCACAGGGAUACCCUUACUUAAGUAUGCCUUAUUAGAAAGUGAUACCAAGAUGUUUUGUCCCUCUGUGAUAUGAAAUAAAUUCCUAAUUUGUUGAGCAGCCAACACCAUGAGCCAGCAAAGGUUUUAAAAAAUGUCAUGUUCAAAUAAACCAUGGACAAAUUACAUCUGCUGAUGAAGACCAUGUAAUGUGGUCAAAUGGUCCAGAACAAGCAAAAGUAAAUACACUUCCAAUUGAGACUGUUUUUUAUCAGCUGCCACUUUUAGACGAAACAAUUAGUUAUUAAUCGUAGAAAUAAUCUCAUUAUUAAUCAAUUAUGACAAUAAUCAGUAGUUGCAGCCCUAAGAAAUACGCUUUGAAUCGACAUCUACGAGUUGAGAGGAAGUGCGUGUUCUUCCUGCUCACCCCUGCCUCUUGUGCGUAUUUAUAUUAUGUUGUAUAAAGUCUUUAUCUGGUACCUAUCAUUUCAUACAUCCAAGUUUUUUCUAACCAUGAGAAGAUAUUCCGUCAAAUGAUAAGUGCUUUAUUUUAGAUUGUACUUUGAUCAUAUUUUAAUGAAAGACAGACUCACAAACACACAGAUGAAAAAGUGGGGUUUCACCCAUGCACCAUAACAUCUGAAGGCUACAUGAACUGAUUUUGUAAAGUUGUGCUAGCAAGGGGUGGGUUAAAUGGAACAAGUUGUAUUUUGUAGUGGAGCUCCUCAGACAUGGAGCUGGUAGAUAAUGUUGCUUGUUGGUUUGUGCUGCAUGUGUGUACGAGCGUGUUUUUUAACUUCUGUGCUUCAAGUCUGCACCGUUACUUUUGGCAGACAGACAUGCUGCAUUUUUCAGUGCUGGUGAUUAUCGUACUACUUUCCCCUAUUUUGACUGUAAGAAUACUUGAUAUUACCUAAUAUUAUUAAUACUAUUAUUAUUCCACAGUCCUUUUUUAUGGGCUAAUGUUUUCUAUCUGUGGUGAUGUGUAACAUUAACAACCUGAUUGAAUAAAAAAAUUGAAGACUUCUUAA